ACUGAGGAGUAGAAGAGUAGUAUCAUUCGGAUGAAACAUACUUUCCCUAUCAAGAUAUCAAGAACCCAGCCUUUCGAUCCACUCUAGCAUGCAGUAUCCAUCAUGCCGCGUCCACAGGUAGAAGAACUCUCCGAAUUCGAGAAACAGCGUCUCGCCAACAUCGCCGAACGCGAUGCCCUUCUCAAGAAACUCACUUUAGAGGCGCAGUCAUCCGGCCUAUUCGCAAAAGCAUCGCUCAAACCUAGCGGCAAAGAUACCACAUCGCGAUCGAAAAAGAAACCCGCACCUCGCGUGAAAAAGGAAGAUGAAGCCCCAAUUGUGCGGCGUAUGUCAUCUCGCCUACGAGGCAUCCAGGCAGAUAGCGAAGUCGCAAAACGAAAAGCAGAUGAAGCAUUCGAACAAGCACAAAAGGCUGAACGAGAGAAAAGAUUACGCAAAUCCGAUUUCUUUACUCUUGAUAAUAUGCUCGUCUCUGGACAGAAAUUGGCCGGCGAUGCUCUCAUUGGGAUUGAUGUGGUUACUAAGGGUGUCGCGAAGCCCUAUGAACGGACAUUUGCGGAUGAAGAUGUCAAAAACACGAAAGAUGAGGAUCUCAAAGCAUUGAGAGAGGAGAUGAGCUCAUUGCAGCUGUGGGACCAGUGGACGCCAGGUCGCAUCAAAAUCACGCCUGAACGAAUAUACACAAUGGCAUUCCACCCUUCCGAAGCGAAACCCCUUAUAUUCGUGGGCGACAAAAUGGGCCAUUUGGGCGUAUUCGACGCGUCGCAAAAACGACCCAAGAUCGAAGACGACGAAGAAGAUGAUGACCCUGACCCGGCAAUCACGACUCUCAAGCUGCAUACUCGCACGAUCAGCUCAAUGGUCAUACAACCGCAAAAGCUGACACGUCUGUAUACCGCAAGCUAUGAUAGUUCAAUCCGGGAACUGGAUCUGGAGAAGAUGACGUCUGAAGAAAAAUGGGCACCGGCAUCAAGAUCCACCGAUGAACCUGUAUCGAGCAUUGACAUGGCAUUAGAUGAUCCCAACUGUCUGUACUGGACAACUCUUAGCGGUCUCUUCAGUCGCUAUGACCUUCGCUCCCCCAAUAAACCCUCUUCUGUGCGAGAAUGGCAGCUUUCCGAGAAGAAGAUAGGCGGCUUCUCUUUGCUUCCAUCACACCCACAUUUCUUUGCGACUGCGAGCCUGGAUCGUACAAUGCGAUUAUGGGAUAUAAGGAAAUUAUCCCAUUCAAAUCCAGAGCCAAUUGGCGAACACGAGAGUAGACUAUCAGUAUCGCACGCAGCGUUCAAUAGUGUCGGUCAAAUCGCCACCUCCUCAUACGAUGAUUCUAUCAAGCUGUACGAUUUCGGCAAAAAGGGAAUCGCAUCAUGGGAACCGGGCCAUAAACUUGACGAGAAAGGAAUGAAACCCGAUACGGUAGUACGGCACAAUUGCCAAACAGGUCGUUGGGUUACUAUUCUUCGGCCACACUGGCAACAAAAUCCGCAAUCGGCAAUACAACGUUUCUGCAUUGCCAAUAUGAAUCGUUUCGUUGACAUAUAUACCUCGAAUGGUGACCAGUUGGCUCAACUAGGUGGCGAGGAUAUCACCGCUGUUCCUGCGGUGGCAGUUUUUCACAGGAGCAAGAAUUGGGUCGCUGGUGGGACUGCGAGUGGAAAAAUCUGCUUGUGGAUGUAGAUUAAAUGAUUCGUUUUACUUGCAGAAUAUGUAAUAUAUAGACAAGAAAGAAGGUGGUACAUUCAAGUUCU